CCUGCACAAUGGUGCCCUCUCCGCCGGCUGUCUACUUCCCAGCUCUCGAUAAAUGUCUAGCCCGCGAGCUUCCUCUUCUAUCGUGGGAGUCUGCCUACCGAGCCGUCAUCGCCCUUGAUUCUACCUCCUCCUCUCCCGCGUUAGACGCCUUCUUCCAAGACGAGACUGUCCUUUCCAUCCUCAGCGCUCCUCUUUCGCCAUUUGCUUCUCCCUCAUCUCAGUCAAAGACCGACUUCGAAACCAGAACUGCCGCCAUCAACCUUGUUCCCACAGAAGGAGCCCAAUAUGAUAUCAAUCAGAUCAAGGAGGAUGCUUUGUGGUUGUCAAAGGAAACUGCUAUUCAAGAGACGGACGCUUUGAGGAUUGUUUUGCUCGAAUGGCAGCAACGUUCUGCCUCGCGCAUGCUGGCUGAGUGGUCCCAGGACGAGCGGCUCGGUAUCCAGAACGCGGCUGCCAACGCUCACUUCCGCCAGUCCAUAAACCCUGUUGCUGAGCCAGACACUAAGUCAACAUUCGAUACACAAGAACAGAGACGUCCGAGGUUAUUGAACUCUCUCUACGCAGAGAAGUCAAGCAUUCUGGCAUUGUCUGCGCUCCUGGUCGGUCUCGCGCUACCUCAAGACCUGCAGUCGGUCGCAUUCACGAGGAAACCCUCUCUUCAGCAAGCCGCUCUUGUCGUGUUGCGAGCUCAGAAGUCCCCCAGUCCUUCGUUCUUCCUGCAAUGUCUCGAUAGUCUUCGAUCAAAAGUGGAUUCUCUCAACUCCGAGAACUGGUCAGGCUUACUAUCUACCGACGAAAAUCUUGGUCACGUCUACGUCAAGUCUAUAUUCACUCAGCUUGUUCUGACUUUGCGCCUGGCUUACAUCCACAUCUUUGCCCAAGACGCUAUUCCUGACUCUGAUCUGGUUGUUCAUUGGUUUUCCCUGAUGGACGAGGCUUAUUUUUUCUGUGUGUUACCCGAAUCUCCCGAAACGUCGGAUCUGGUUAUUGUCAUUCGAUGCCUGUCGUCUUUGAUCUCGCUGGAAGUACUCAAAAUUGACGCGACAGUGGAACACAUGCUUCCUCUAUCGACCCCAGGAAACUAUCCUCAACUACCUGGAAGUUGCUACAUAGAUGACGAGUCAUGCGUCCGUCUGGUCACUUCAACACUGCUCGGUGCGGCACAAUCGCAACUGGGCAUCAGGCAUGCUGGUCCCGCCAUCCUUGCGUGGAGCAUUAUUGCUCAAAACUUGCGUCAAGCUGUCAUCAACAGCAGAGCCGAAGCUUCGUCACAGAUCGAAGAUGGCACAAGCAGCGAGAUCAAGACCAAAAGCGAGAUCUCUCUCGAUGCCAUCCUGGACAUUCAAUCGGGGGACGGGGAGGACGUGAUCGCUUUCAUGGCUAAAGUAGCAGCUAUUGAUCUCCAGACAUUUGAGAUGACUACAGCCUUAUCCGAGUGCCUAUUGCUGACAUUUGGCGCUGAUCUCGAUCUUCACGUUGCCGUUUGUGGAAAGAUGUCUUUGUUCAGCCUUCUCGGAGCUGGAUAUUCUCUCUUCCAAUAUGGUCCGGAUCUCGUCCAAGCAGUCCUUUCAGUUCUCUCUUACGACACAGUACCUCCUAAUCUCUCACGAAUGCGAGCUCGCAAACCAAUCCAGCCAGUAAAGGACUUUUUGGCCGACAAAAGCGGGAUGCGCGUCAAGUUCUUCGAGCAAGUCAAGCAGCGUUAUGCAUAUGAACUGCGCCCUCUUCUCACAUGUCUACUUUCGAUUAGUCAGAGUCGAGCUUCGAAGGACGGCCAGGAAUCAGAAAUUAUUGCCAUUCUGGAAAGCAUGCCUACUUUGACGCAAGUUCUGCCCAGAACUUUCGAAAGAAGCUACGAAAACUACCGGGAAGAUGAGCUUCAGAACCAUAUUCAACUUUUUGAUGAGAUUCCUCUCUUCGUACCAAGAAAUGGCAGAGCUCAUCACAUGCGUCUGACCUCGGGUAGAGAUGCCGGCCAAGCAAAGAGCGAUCUGACAAUACCUCCCGGGACUGUUGGCAUCUUGUUAAAUCAGAACAGUCCAUACGUUGUCUGCUGGAACUACCCUCACUCUGCGUUGGAAUACUUCGGCAAACUUUUGAGCACUAGGCUGUCCAAUGCCAGCUAUGUUGAGUUGGCAUCCGGACCUGUUGAGAAGGAGGCUGCUGCAGAGAUCAUCGCACUCGUCGACUCUCUCGUACAUGCUGCAGUCAAAGCUGGCGAAAUCGACGCUGCCAAGAAUGUUCUUGGUCGCUUGAGUUAUGGUCUCGAAAGAAAUGAUGAUAUCGUGAGAGUAGUUUUCCAGAUCUUUGAGGAAGAACUACAUGCUCAAGUUGAGCAGCCUGGAUCGGAGGGAUCGCUUUACCUCCUGGUUCACAGCGUCCGCCUCAUGCAAUCUCUGCUGUCGAUCUACCCGGAAAGAAUUUGGUCGUUGUUGACACGCAGCAGAUUACUCUCCGUUGACGACAAUGUUGGUGGCCUUGCAGCCAUCGUUACCGCUACCGAACUCCCACUUGGACAGUACGAUCUGCUUCGUGCUUGUGUAGGUCUCUUCGAGGGUCUGAUUCAAGACGUCGCAAACAGAGCUGUGUCUCGUAAGGCUACUACGAAAGCAGUGACUCGCUUCGAUGACCCGGCUGAUGCACAUGGUUCCACACCCGAAAAGCUCACCAGUGCUGUACUUGCAGCAUUCCAACGUAUCCUUCUUGAUGUGUUGCAGAGUUCCCCAAGCUGGCGCUUCGUCUUCCCAGCAGAGAGAUGCGAGAUCAGCACACGCAUUCUUAAUGCAGCUACUGAGGUACUCAACUACGCAUACAGCGUGGACGACAACGCCGCUGUCUCUGCUAAGCUGACUGGCGUAUUUGCUCAAGCUUCGGAAGACCUUCUGAAGGUAUACCUAGCUGAGAACCCUCACUCCCUGACAUAUCAUCCCAUCUUGAACAUCCUCACCUCAGGCCUCGCUUCAGUCAACCUCGGACCUUUGGAGAACGAGGAGCCAAUCAGACACCAGACAUGUGCAGCCUUGUCAUUCUGCUCGACUAUUCUCAAUGUUGGCCUACUUACCGAUCGCAAAGCGAGCUACCUCACCAAGAAUCUCCUUCAAUCUAUGCCUCUGCUUGCGCGUCUCUUCGCUGCCCAGCACUCCUACAAAGCACCUGUCGCGACCUUGUUCACAUCAAUUGUUCGCACUCUAAACCAGUCCGAGUCUGAGCCAGCUGCUCUUCUUGGUCACUUGAGUCCAGACGCUGCAAAGAGCUUUUUGACUGUCCUUGCAGAGCUUGACCAGCCAUUGCAAGACAUCAAUGUGGAGACCACCAUUUGGGAGAUGUUCUCUGCUGUUGUAAAUAACAAGCAGCAAUGGCUUUCAAUCUGCCUACUCACAGGUACCACACCUCGCGACAGGCUGAAGACCACUGAGAAGGCACAAGCUACCGGUAGCAAGGCACUGUUGAAGUACGCUCUGGAUCAACUGGCUAACAUCAAAACCAUCUCCCCCAAACGGGCAAUGGCCAUUCUCAAGUUCGUCGCUCUUGCACAAGACCAAUGGGCAUGGGCAACACAUGGCAUCGGUAAGCACGCCGAUUUCCUCAGAAGCGCAGCAGAUUGGCUCGCUGAGGUCGUGCCAAACAACAAGCAAUCCGAUAUGGAAGGCACUAUUCGUUAUGCCAACGAGAUCCAGAUGGCUGCAUACGCUGCCAGUAUUCUCGCUCGUUAUCUUCACAAUGCACGUCAGCUUGGGGACACGACCACUGCAAAGUCUGUCGCGACCAAGUUGCGAUACCUCUGCGACCACGGAGUUGCAGUCGAUGCAUACAAUCACUCGCUCCAUAAAAACCUGGCCAAGAACUUCGUCAUCAAGUUCCCGCAGUGUAAGCUAGAGAACUUCAAGCGCACCUCGCUUGAGCAAGCUGAUUUUGGCCGAAACUACUACUAUGAUCGCAAGAUUGCUCAUCAAAUGUUGGACUUCGAGCCAUCUUGGAGUGGUCGUAACAGGCAAGGCUUUGUCGAAGAGGUUGCCAGAGCCAAUGUGAACCUAUCACUGGUGGAAGCCCAAGUCAAUCUUCUCAAAAGCUGGAAAGCGUUAGCAAUCAUGCUCGGUACUUUUGCUGCAGACAUCCCAUCACUGCAAAAAGACCUUGCAAAGGUCGUGCAGAAGUCGCUCUCGGCAAACAUGGAAGCUUCUAUUCCGGCCGUGUUGUUCGAUAACGUCGCACAGACUCGAGCCGAUUUGGCGUUUGUCCUGUUGCAGAAGCUGACCUCUAUCAAGUCGAAAGAGACCGGUGUUCGCGAUCUGCUCGCGACUGCUUGGGAUAUUGUCCGCACCUCAAACCAAGACUUCGAAGUCGCGUCCACUCCUCGUGACGUCGAGUAUUACCGCACACUGUUGCGUGUCCUCUUCCUCGCACUCCAACCACAAGUCUACAACCCUGUACAGAAGGAAAAGCGAUCAGCUCCUGCCGUUCCUAUCAUCCCUCUUGAGAUCUUGAACGCUGUCCACAAGAACUUCAGAGCACUCUGCAGCAAUGUACACUCCAACUCUGAGUCCGUACAGCCAGCAGACUUUGUGCUCUUGACUGCUUUGCUUCAAAGUAUCCUUCGCAUACCAGGCAUUGCAACUGCUCAUUCAUCCAUUGCGACUGGCUGCGCUGACGCUGGCACCCUGCGCUAUGCGACAAGUUUAUACUCAUGGUCCGAUCGUCUCGUCACCGCUGACUCGGUCGACCCUGUCUAUGGUGAACUUGCUAUCUUGUUCCUACUCGAACUAUCUUCUGUUACUUUCAUCGCCGAGCAGAUGGCCGUGGAAGGCGUGCUGUCUGGUCUUUCAUCCGCAAACCUGUCUCACUACCUUCGCAACAUGAACGGCAAAGGCCCUUUCGACGAGCCUGUCCGCGUCUUUGCUAUCUGGUCCAAGGGCAUACUUCCUCUGUGCUUGAACCUGCUCGAGGCAGUUGGUCCACCAAUUGCAUCUGAGAUCGGAGCUUUCCUCAACAGCUUCCCCGCCCAACUUCGCCGUGCAGAAGCCGAUCUCGAGAACAAGCAGCCGUCCUUGCGUCACCCAUAUGCUGGCUCCCUGACACUCAGCCUUGCCAGCGAAACACACUCCCUUUCUCUGAUCUCCCUGAUACUCGAGCGUCUUCGAUCUGUGGGUGCGAGCUCUGGUGCUUCUGCUGCUGAGAUCCCUAGUCUUGAGUUCGACCGCACAAAUGCUAAAGAGACUGUGGAGGGGCUUUUGCGCAGUAAGCGCAACCUCCGCGAGCGUAUCACACCUAUCGGUGAGAGGGAAGCUGAGUUGGCGAGACAGAAGCCCGUCGUCGCUUCAAAGGAUAUUGAGAACAGACUCGAGGAAAGAAUUGUUGAUGAAUUCGAGGCUGCACUCGUAUGCCUGACUGGAUAGAUGAUGGUCAGAAGAGUAUGAAGGAAAACUAGGAAUUUGAUCGGUUGGUCCAAGGGAGGAGGAUAGGCAUUCAGCGAGGCGUUUUAUGGGUGUAUGAAAGAGUUUCUUCCACUGUUUUAACGAUUGUAAAGAAUUGCAACAAAGCAUUCACGUUUCCAAUCAAUUGCGAGCAUGGGAAUGUUUAUCAAGUCAACAAUUCCAUCCUGAAUAUCAUGGCGAUCUCAGUCCGAG